AAUUUCCCAGCGAAGAUCUUUCACCGCGGCCAUGCGAUGCUGCUGCCGGCGAUCCAAUGCCGCGAUGCUGUGGCGCAAUCUAAGCAUCUGUGCCCCCUGCCGAUCGACAUAUCCAGUGCUAGCUCGAAAUUUCCCAGCUUAGAUCUGUCAUCGCGGCCGCAAGCAUCUAGAGCUCUUCCGACGAUCGAUCCUACCCCCUGGAACUUCUAGAAUCGCGAAGAUUUCCAGCGAAGAUCUUUCAUGCGAUGCUGCUGCCGGCGAUCCAAUGCCGCGACGCUGCCCCUGCCGAUCGAAAUAUCCGGUGCUAGCUAGAAGUUUCCCCUUUCAUCGCGGCCGAAAGAUCUUUCCAUCCCAAUGCAAGCAUCUCGAACGAUCGAUGGCGGAGCUCUAGGAAGAAGCGCUCUCUAGAGAGAGCCCUGGAACUUUUUUACUUCUAUCUACCUGGGUCUACCUAGGGUUCAAGAAGAAUGAAGAACAAGGUGGAGGAGAGGAGGAGCCCUUGUUUGUGAGGAAAUGGCGCCCAACAUCGAAGGGCCAAUCCUGGGCUUGUGCGCGGUGGUGGCAGCUGCGGCGGCAUCCGCGACGCUGGUGGCGGCGGUGGUGGCCGCUGCCGCUGCGCUCAUGGCGGUGGGCUACAUUGCCUUCGUGGAGCUGGACAAAUUCUUGCGCGGCGGCGCUGCCCCGUCCUCGGCCAAUCGCCGCAGUUGAGUGAUCGAUCGCGCCGGAUCGAUCGAGGUAACACAGUAGGUUCUCGUAGUAGUGGACAAAAGGGAAAGAGAGAAAGGGAAAUUUCCUAGGGAGGAGGUGGCGAGCGAGCGAGCGAUCGAUCGAUCGAUCGAUCGAUCAAUGACUGCUAAUUCAUCGCGAUGGAGCCGUCCUCUUGUUGCGGAUUUCUUCCCGUCCCGCCGGAGGUGGUGAUUGGACGAUUCAAUCCUUUCAGCGAAGCGCAGCAAGUCCAGCUACGUGCGCAGAUAAUUGUCUAUGGCUCCAUCGUCCGGGAGCUCGCUCCCGAGGAAACUUUGAUGAGCUUGUGCUUCGCGGACAUAUCCACGGGAAGUAGUGUGGAGGAUUUUCACGAAGGGAAUCUGGGCAGGAGUGCAUGGGAGAAAAUCUGGCAAGCUGCUUCGUUCAAUAGUGCUCGAGCAAAGAAACCGAGCAAGAGCAAGGCGGCAUCGGCAGCACCAUCUCCGGCUCCUCCAGCGAAGACGAAAGCCGCGAAGCCUGCUAUCAAACGCAAGGCCUCCAAAGCUGCGACGGCCAACCAAAGCAGGAAGAAAAGUGUGAAGCAGAAGAACAUAUCGGAUCUGGAUUCGGAUGUCGUCGUCGUGCAGCAAGUCAUCACGGAUGCUACUGAAACUCAGAGCAAUAGUGAGGAGGAGGAGGAGAAGCAAGGUGGAGAAGAAGCGGACACAGAGCUCGAGCAGCUAGCAGCUUCCGCCAUCAAAGCGAUGAGCGAUCUUCCUCCGACUGCUGGCAAGAAGAAGGGGAGGCAAGAAGAAGAAGGCGAAGAGGAAGGAGAAGGCGAAGAAGAAGAAGAAGAAGAAGAAGCUCAUUGCAAAGCUUCCGAGGACAACACGUCCAGAGAUCCAGGGGACUUGACGGACGAAAAGGCUGAGUCAAUGGAGAUUGAUGAUGCUGAAACCAGCAAAAUCUCGAACACAGAGGAAGGGCUAAGGCGGCAUUGGAAAGAGAUUGUGCAAGGAGCUAUGGUUGAGGUUAUUUCGGACGAAGACGGACUUCACGGAGUUUGGUUCUCGGGGAAGGUUCGGACAGUUCGGAAAGACAAAGUGCAGGUUGUCUACACCGAUCUUCUCCAUGAAGAUGGACAAACUAUGCUGCAAGAAUGGGUGUCCUCUUGCGAUUUGAUGAACGACGCCCCCAAAAUCCGGCUGGCUCAUCCCGUGACGUCGGCUGAUCUCCCGCUGAAAAGGAACAACUUUUCAGUUGGAGAUCAUGUUGAUGCUUGGAUGAAUGACGGGUGGUGGGAAGGAAUAGUAGAGGGUAUUAACAGCGAGAACCAAAAGCAAGUGACGCUGUUUUUCCCAGGAGAGGGAGACAUUGGUGUGGCUAAGAUCAGCCACUUACGCCCGUCCCUUGUCUGGAAAAACGGGGAAUGGAUUCUUUGGGCUCCAAAAGAAGGCGGAAAGAAGGUCAGGAAGCAACCGGUCUCAAAGCCAACUCAGGUGAUUCCCGAGAAGAAGUUUGUUGAAGUUACGCCGGUGGUAUUGGAUGGGAAGCGCAAACGCGAGCGGCCAAAGAGGCUGGCGGAUGGAUUGGACGACGAGCAGCCCCCGAGGAAGCCUUACACGAGAAGAGCUCCUCCAGCGAGCAGGGGGAGCGAAGCCAACCCCACCAAGAGAGUACUGCCCCCUCGAAACAAAGCCAGCUCUUCGAGAGCCAAGAGGAAGUAGAUGAUAAGUCACACUUUUGAGUUGUAAAGAACGCAAAGAAGAACUCGAUUUUGAGUGAUCAUAUAAAUGUAAACACUUGGUUGACACAA